AUGAGCGAUGUUGCCUUCACCUCGCUGGCCACCCUCCGAACUUCCGAUGGCGGAACCAUCGCGGUCUUCAAGGACGAGCUCAGCGCCUGCAGCGCGUACUUCAAUUCGCUUUUCAACGGGCCGCUAUCCAGGGCGAAUCAAGGCGACUUCCUCAUCCACGGGGUCACCAGGGAAGAACUGCGGACUAUCGUUGCGUACGCCAGCACGGGAGAAGGGGCCAUAACGACCGACAACGUCGAGCGACUGAUCAUCGCAACGGAUCAGCUGCUGGUCGACGGUCUUCUGGACGAGUGCUGCGCGUUCAUGUCGCGAAAUGUCGACCUCAGCAACUGCGUCAGAGUCCUGGAGAUGGCCCGCUUCUUUCACCUGGAACCACUGGAUAAGCAAGUGUUCCGCUUCCUGCUCGACAACUUCGAACGGGUGUAUUCGGAGAAUUGCCACUUUCACGAUCUGUGCCUGCAGACCUUGGUCGACCUGCUGGCGUCGGACGAACUCAAGGUGCGUCGCGAGGAGACCGUAUGGGAGGCGAUCGUGUUUUGGAUCAAGGCCGAUCCCAGUGAACGCUCUGUCUGUCUUGACAAGCUGCUGCCGCACGUUCGUUUCUGCCUCAUGAAGGGCAGCUAUCUGAAAAAGGUGGUGAUGCGCAACGCUCUCGUCUCCAAAAACACGCUCUGCAAGACGAUGGUCAAGCGUUGUUACAAAAUCCAGCACUCCGGGCUUAACGCGUGCCUCCUAAAUCCCACUCGCAGCUUGUUCGUGCAGCGGGUGCCUUCCGAGAUCAUGUUCGUGUACGGUGGCAUACACCGCGGCUACAAGAGCAACACCUGGGAGGUAUACGAUUACAAGACCAAUGAAUGGAACACCGUAAAGACAGACUUCAGACAGGACCAGGUAUUUGGCCUGCAGUGCGUCUCGGUGGGUUACAAAAUAUACGUCUUGGGCACGGACAUAUCGAAGUUGUGCCCUUUCUGUUACUGUUUCGAUGCGGUCGCCAUGGAUUGGUCGGCCAUAAAGCCGAUGGUUCAACGGCGGGCUUUCUUUGGAGUAGCCGUUCUGGGUGAUUACGUGUAUUGCAUUGGUGGUUCGCCAAACGGCGUUGUCGUGCUGGACACCGCCGAGAAGUACGACACCAUCACGGACACUUGGCGACCCGUGGGCCGCAUUAACGAACCUCGACUGGGCGCCAGCGCGGCCUGUUGCGCCGGCCGCGUCUACAUCGUUGGCGGCUUGUCUACGAACGGGCCGCUUCGCUCGGCCGAAGCGUACGAUCCCGAGACUGACAAGUGGACGCUCAUAGCGCCCAUGAAGAGCGAGCGCAUCUUUCACGGCGUCGUUUCGUAUAGGAACAAAAUCUACGUCAUUGGCGGACUCUCCAGAAAGUCCAGCUCGUGCGAGAUCUACGACCCAAAGAAUGGCAAGUGGUCCAAGGGCUGCAAGACCAAGACCUUCACGGGCAAGGUUGUGACUGUGGUUUUGGACGACAAGAUUUACGCCAUAGGCGAGGCCAGCCAGAAGGACUACAAGCGGUGCCUCGAGUACUUCUCGGGUGAUGACCGGAAGUGGCGCGCACUCCCGGGUUACGCGCCGCCGCGCUGGUUCUACACAGCCUGCGUGAUCAAGAAUCUGCCUAACGCUUUGGACUACAUCAACAGACCCAAGGAAAUUGACUACAAGUUUGCCUGUGCUGUGCUGUAA